AGACGGGCAGGCGUACACGAAACCCACUGUUUCAAUACUCUUCCGAGAGGAUUUUCCAACUGUUUUCACAGGAUAAUGUCUUCAGACGUGUUUUGGUAGAAAACAGAGAGCGUAAAUUCAUGAAGAGGUUGAUUUAACGGGACGGCGCGGAGGAGAGUGUAUUGUAACUUUGCAAACUGAGUUUGCAAAGCGUUUCCACACAACUAUGGCGCUCAGAGCGAGAGCUUUAUACGAGUUUAUCUCUGAAAAUCCCGGCGAGAUCUCUGUGACAGAGAAGGAACUUCUAACUUUGAGCAGCGAAGAGGUUGUCGAUGGUUGGUUGGAGGGCACGAACAGCAGAGGUGAGACGGGACUCUUCCCUGCAUCAUACGUGGAGAUUAUAAGCACCGACACAUCACUACACGGUAACGGGACGUCCUCCAGUCAGGACUAUUACUGCCAAACUAGUCCUCAGAGGAGGGACACCUCAAAUGAAUCGACUCCCACUCAUUCUGCUGUUUACCAGGGACAUCUUCAGCAACAGCGACACAGUUUUCAGACGAGCCAGGGAAGCGACGAGGAUUGGGACGAUGACUGGGAUGACAGCGGAACGGCGGAUGAACACAGAAGAACACCUGGAAAACGCGGGAAUCAAGCGGGAUAUCCCAUGACAAGCACCUCAGCUUCUCCACGUGGUAGUGCGCAACAGUCCAAAAGCACAGGAACAGUUGGGAAAAAUCUCAAUAGGUUUUCAACCUUUGUAAAGUCAGGCGGUGAGGCGUUCGUUUUGGGUGAAGCUUCAGGUUUGGUCAGAGAUGGAGACAAAAUAUUUGUGGCUAUGGGCCAGUACGGUCCCGAAUGGCAAGAGAACCCGUAUCCGUUCACUUGCACUAUCGACGAUCCCACAAAACAGACCAAAUUCAAAGGUAUGAAGAGCUAUAUGUCCUACGGACUCACGCCUAGUCAUACUCAAACCCAGGUGAAUAGAAGAUACAAGCACUUUGACUGGCUUUAUGCACGGCUUGUAGAAAAAUUCCCUGUCAUUUCGGUUCCUCACUUGCCUGAGAAACAGGCCACGGGUCGAUUCGAAGAGGAUUUCAUUUCGAAGAGGAGGAAAGGUUUAAUAUGGUGGAUGAAUCACAUGACAAGUCAUCCUAUUUUAUCCACGUGCGACGUUUUCCAGCAUUUUCUCACCUGCAGCAGCAACGACGAAAAAGCUUGGAAGCAAGGCAAGCGAAAGGCUGAGAAGGACGACCUAGUCGGUGCUAACUUCUUCCUCACUAUCUGUCCUCCAGCUUUACCGCUUGACUUACAAGAGGUGGAAAGCAGUGUAGAUGGUUUCAAAACGUUCACCAAAAAAAUGGACGAAAACAUCAUACAGCUCAACAUCACUAUUAACGAAUUUGCCAGAAAGCAGAUCACUGGUUUUAAAAAGGAAUAUCAGAGAGUUGGACAGGCUUUCAGACUUCUGAGUCAGGCCUUUGAAUUCGACCAGCAAGUAUAUUCAGCUCCAUUAAACGAGGCCAUGACACACACUGGAGAAGUCUACGAGACCAUUGGGGAUUACUUUGCAGAGCAGCCCCGUCAGGAUUUGGAGCCAAUUUCCGAUCUUUUAGCGAUUUACCAGGGCCACUUUGCAAACUUUCCAGACAUUAUCCAUGUUCAAAAAGGAGCCCUCACUAAGGCCAAGGAGAGCCAGAAACACGGGGAGGAAAAAGAUGGCAUUGCAGGUGGAGGCAUCCACGACCGCUGCAACAUCAUCUCCUGCGCUACGCUAGCUGAGAUCCAACACUUUCAUCGCAUUCGUGUGCGUGACUUCAAAGCACAGAUGCAGCAUUUCUUACUGCAGCAGAUCAGCUUCUUUCAGAAGAUCACAGGCAAGUUGGAGGAGGCCUUGCACAUGUAUGAUCAGGCUUAGGAGCUAACAUUCCCAGACUGUUGUGAGAGAACUGAAAUAAAACACAAAUAAGCAGCCUUUUUUAUUAUAGAUUCAUGAAAAUACACUUAUUGUCUUGUAGGAGUGUUUGGGGUGGCUUUGAGAACAAAAAUGAUGAAAUUGACAAUGGUCCUGAAAAUGUAGACUUUAUCAUUGAGUAAAAUACUAUAUAAUAUGAAUACACACAAGUCAUAAUUGAUUUGAUUUGAGUUGAAACACAACCACAAUUUUAAGUUUACAUUUUAAUUGGCUUAGUUGUAGUCGAUGUAAACUACAUAGAUUACUCACUUAUAGUUGUGUGCCUGUACUGAUAUGCUCUUUAUCAGUGGACUCAUUGCAUGGACUUGGACCUGUGGUUAUGUUAAAUAAGAGUAGAUUUGAAGGCAUUUGUGUCUUUUGAACUGUCCUCUGA